CAUUCAAAGUAUGGCUUCCGAAGACGAAGGAAAUACACAUCCGACUAGUUCAAAUACUGUAUCAAUGCUAUCAGAGUGUGAAGACUUAAUGCCAGCUACUCCGCUUGAGUCUUCUGCAAGCAUUGAUACCGAUAAAAAUGAAAAUCCACAAGCCUCAUUACAUUUGACUGGCUCUUUUUAUUCAGGGAUGGAUUCCUUGAAUAUCUUAUCAACACAAGAGAAAGAUACCUCAAUAAAUGCUGAGCCAAUUAACGUAAAGAACAAGAAAAGAGCCUUCGAUAGCAUUUCUGAAGAGAACCCUGAUGAAUCCCAUGUCAUAUCACAUGAUACUGACGCACCAGUUUCGAAAAAAAUUAAUACUAAGACAACUUCAGCCGCUGAUCAAACAGGAUCUCAGAAUAUCCAAUUAUCGUCUUUUUCAUUCAAACCAGUUAAACGUAAAACUCGAAAAGCUAUGUAUAAAAUUACGAACGAAAAAGAAGUCGCUUCUUCUAGUAAUAAGAAAGCUCGUCAUGAUUCUUCUGAACAUGCAUCACAAUCAACAUCUUUACAGAAAUCAACCAUUGAUUCAUCUGAACGAGUUCAUUCUGGUCCGUCUAAAUCGACUCGAGGGAGGAAAAAAAAAUCGACACGUGAAACUGCUUCAUCGAAAAAUGCAAGCCCAACAUUAA